UCGCUUCUUUCGUCUCUUCCCCUGCAGUCACUUACAGAACCGACCGUUGGAGAUGCUUUUGAUCUCCUCUACCAAGCUUCUUCCUCGACUGCCCCGUGUGUGAUAGCUCAGCAUGGCUGAGAAGCGCAAACUCUCCACCCGCGGUCGCGAGCCUUCCGCGAAAAGACGUCAAUCUGAAGCCGCACCUCAAACCCAGGCUCAACAGGGCUCAUCUUCCAAGAAGAAAGGCUCAACAUCGAGUGUUGCUCCCACGCCCCAACCUCCUCCGCCUGAACCAGAGGUCAUCGAGAAGCCCCUGCCGACAAAGAUCAAGGAUGUAGAGGCUCUCCCAACGCUGUCCGCCCCGCAGCCCGCCGACCUUUCAUCCAAGGAGUAUCAGUCAAUCGCUGAGAGUGCUGUCCUUCUCGCCUCUCUGGAACGAUCGAAGAAGAAAUGGCUCAGCGACGGAAUUCUAGAGCGAUACUACACCAAACCGAAGAAGUCCAAAAGAGAGCAGAUUGAAGGCAAAAAUCCCCCCAAGGAGUCCAUGCUGAAAGUCGGACCUUGCAACAUCGCGAUUGGACCCCACCUUUUCGAUGCUAUGCUGUACACCGUCAAAGAUCCUAACGCGCCGCCACCGAUUCAAUACACUCCCCCCAGCGGCCGAUGGUUACCCCAGGGCAGCCAACAUCCGCCUCCACAUCCCGCCCGAACACCCACUCAUCCACCUUCUCACAAUGCUCCUCCGCCCGCCUGCGUCUCAACAUGCACAGCCCCUCAACCUCCAAAGCCCAGUCCGGACCCGGUCAUUCAAAUGCUUGCAACGCGAGCUGCUUCAGACCCCGAUCUCAAGGCGCUGAUGAGAGUGGUUGCUAGCAGCAAAGCGUCUCAGGAACAGCUUCGAGCGUUUCAGGCUCAUAUUGAUGAACUGAAUGCGAUCAUUCGUGCGAGAGAGCAACAGCAACAGCGACAGCAGCAACAGCCACAAGGGCAAGCUCCAGGCAGUGCUCAAUCACAGACACCGCGCCACACGCCGCAACCUGCACAGCAGGGAGUUACGCAACGACAACCCCAGCCUUCACCGCUGCAGAAUUCCCAGCAAUCCCAAUCAGAGCAGCCGACCAGGCUCGACCCCCAACAUCGGCCGCAAUCACAAUCACAAGCUAAACCGCAGCCGCAGCCGCAGCCGAUGCCAAGAGUGGAAGUUCAAAUUCCCAAACCCUCGCCAGCGAUGAAGUCUUCAGUACAGAGUUCCAGUCAAACUCCUACCAAGCAACCUCAGACACCCACUGCUCAGAACUCUAAUGCCACUCCUCAGGUCAAACAGGAGCCAGGGACGACUACGACAAGUCGACCGCCCCCUGGUGGAGUAUCUAGUCCUAGUAUCGCGGUAGUCCCGCCACCUCCUCCAGGCGCAGCUUCUACUCCUCACCAGCCAAAUUCGAGUCCUGCAGUACGGCCAAUGAACCAGCCUCCUCCGACCCGCACUCCAGCACCGCGUCCAGGUGGCCAGUAUCCGCCAUUCCAAGGCCAGUCUCCUUCAAUACAGUCACGCCCGCAGCAACACGGGUCUCCGGCCUACUAUCGUCCUGCACCUCCCCCGCCUCCUCCUAGGGUGGGCUACAAGUCGGUUGUCUUUGAGUUUACCUCACCAUUGACUCCCUACGGAAGUAGCACUUCAGGCCACGCAGGCUCAGGAGACCGGUAUUUGUUUCCGGAGUACUCUAUUUUAGAAUGGCUUCCCGGGGGAAACACAGUUCUAGCGUCCUUCUUACUUAUCCGGAAGGUGGACCCCAACACACCGUUCCCCAUAGAAGAUGCUUCCGUGACGACCACAUCCCGAGCCAAGGGCAAGUCGACCUCCAAGUCGAAGAAAGCGGACAAAAACAAAGAAAAGACAGCGGAAGGCGGAGAGGGCAAAGAAAAAGACAAGAAAGAGAAUGACAAGCCCGAUGAGGCCGCUAAGGAGAAGGACAAUGCUCAAUCUUCCAGCAAUCAGGAUUCCGCUACAGCCGCUAUUGACUCGGCCAAAGGAUCAGACGAUAAAGGCAAUCAGAAGGCCCCGGCCGAAACUCCCAGCAAACCAGACUCCAACAAAUCCAAGGAGUCAAAGGAAGAUGCAAACAAGUCGAAUCUCAAGGAGUACUACCAGCCCGUCACGAUUCGCAUCUACAGCGCCAACCCCAAGUUCCUAGAGCCUCUGGCACGUGUGGUCAAGCCACCAGACGAGGUGCGCAAGUACAUGAAUGAAGUUAUGGAUCGCGCAGAACGUGCCCCCGAGGGAUUCCUGGCCUUACGUCUUCCGCGCGAGAAUAAGGAUGAACACGAGCCCGAGGACACGAGAAAAAGCGGAACUCCUGCUCCUGCAGCAAAUUCAGGCGCGCGCAGUCGGUUCCUAAAGAGUAGCGCUGCGGAUGAGGAAUCGGAGAUCGAGAACAUCAAUGGGCCUGUCGAGGAAGAAGAGGAAGAGGAGGAGUUGAAGGACUUUUACGGGCCCCCGACUGGUCUCACGCCUCUUAGAGUAUGAAAAGGAGGUUUAUGACGAGUAUUCAGCUCGCAUGAAUCAUGUAUUAUAUAUAUCCUGUUUGUCGUACCUCUGUAGCGUCAGAAUUCAUGAAACUCAGAAUCAAUACUCUGUUCAUAGCUGG